AUGGAUUCGCCUGAAUUUGGGUAUAUAUACCAUUUGAAAAUGUAAGCAAAUCAUUAGUUUCAUUUACUAAAUUAUAAUAUCAACAUGAACCGUUACUUUGUUGCCGCUUAUUUCGCCGUCAUCUUGGCUGUUGUUAACUGCAGUGUAUAUGGUGGCUUGGGUGGAUACGGAGUUCAACCUGGUGGUUAUAGCUUGUCAAGAAACCCUGCUGCUGUAGUAGCAGUUACUGGUCCAUUGAGUUAUGCCCCAGUACCUCAUCUACGCGGUCUCAUCAGCCCAUACGGUGUCGCUCCAUAUGGUGUCAGUCGCUUAGGAAGACCUAGUGCUGCAUCUGCAGCUUCUUCUGCUGCUGCUGCCAGUGGAAAUCGCGGAUAUGGUGUGCCUUUGGGCUAUAGCGGCUUGGGUUCAAUUUAUUAGACUGUGAUCAAUGAAACAUAAAAUAAGAAUAAUAAAAUCCUUGAAUUAAAAUAAAUAA